AUUUUCAUAGUAUUUUAAAAGAUUAUAGAAAAUAUGAAAAUUAAAAAUUAUAUACUUUUAGUCCUGUAUUUGGUGAAAAUAGUCCAUUCACAAAAGCUAUUUGUGUUUGAUACCACAACAGAUAGAAAUCCAGAUUUUGAUAUGGAUGCAAUACCAGAUGGGGCAAUCUAUCAAGGUUUUGAUGUUACAGAGGAUUAUAAUAAUGAAAAUGGACCACAUGGUCUUAUAUAUAAUUUUGGUAAUCAACCUUUAAUAAGCCAGUUUGGGGGUUCUCAUAUAAUUGUUAAUAGUGAUACUACAUUUGACAAAUGGACCUGUACAAACUGUCCCAAUGUAUCCUAUAAUAUCCUUCAAGAUUAUUUUGUAGGUAAGUAUCCUCCUGAUCAAUUUUUUCCAUUCGAUGGUAGAGGUUUUGGUAAUGAUGGGGAUAAUCACAAUUAUAAAUGGUGCGUUUGGUUUAGAUACGAAAAGGUUCAAGCACGAUUAUUUGAACCCGGUAUAGUUUCAAUAGUCCAUUCAGAUGAUCUAAUUGUAUAUGUAGAUGAAAAAAAGGUUAUAGAAACAAUUGGUAUAACCGACGUACAGUUUGCUGAAUUCUUAAUAGAUCAACCCGAUCCAUGGAAUACCCAUACUCUGGAUAUUAUUAAUUGUAAUAGAAAGAGAAGAGAUAAUUUUCAUAUGUUUGACCUUAAAACAACUGUAGUUUUAGAUUGUGUCUAUUAUGACCAGUGUGGUAUUUGUGAAGGAAAUGACGAGUGUGCAUGUAAAAUGGGUUAUAACUGUUUUGAAGAUGAAAAUAGUUGUAUUGCAAACUAUUGCUAUGAUGAAUUUAAUUGUGAACCAAGGGAUUUUAAUUGUUCAGAAACAUACCCUGAUGUAUGCAAGAAUCAAUUCUGUACCCCUGGUUUAGGUUGUGAAUCUUUUCCUGUAGACUGCAAUGAUAAUAAUCCAUGUACAAGUGACUCAUGCUCAUCGAGUGUUGGCUGUAUUAACCAGGAUAUUCCAAACUGUGCUCGAUGUAGUGAUACAAACUCAUGUGUAACAAUUGAUCCAUGUAUACCUGUCGAGUGUCAUGCUGAUAACCCUGAUGUUUGUGUUAUGACUCCUAUAAAUUGUUCUACAAGUGAUCCAUGUUUAUUGGGUCGUUGUGAAAAUGGUGUUUGUUUAACAGUAGCCAUUUGUACAGAUCCACCAGAUUCAGGUGAAACCACCGAAUAUAUCUCAACAACACUGGCCUCUACAAUUUACUCUACAAUUAUCUCAACAAUAACAUCAACACUACAGACUACAAUUUAUACAAGCAACCCUUCAACAAUAGCAACAACCUCAACAGCUACAACAACUGACUCUGCCUUACCAACUAUUACUGGGUCAUCAAUAUCAUCUACUGUAAUUUCAUCAAUUAUCUCAUCCACUUUAUCAGCAAGUUCAACUACAUCCUCAUCCCUAACAUCUGGACCAAUUAUAUCAACUAAAUGUGACCAUUAUUCAUGCUUAGAAGGCUAUAAAUGUAUUCAAUUAAAACAUUCAUUCACAUGUGUAUCUAAAUAUUUCAAUGAUAAUUGCGACGUUAAUAGACUACCCUUAUAUUAAUAUUAAUAAAAUAAAAUUAUGUGACUUUUAUUAAUUUUAGUAAUUAUUUAAUUUAGGUUAAAUAUAAAAUAAAUAAGUAAAAAUAUAAAA